AUGAACGCGUACAAGAAAGGAGUUCUGUUGACGGACAACAAAAAAGACACGGCGGCUUUUGCGGCGAUCCUCGCCAGGAAGCUCUACGGACGCACUUUCAAGCCAAAGUUUGUUUUUUUCAUUCAUUUUCACAUUUUUUCAGUCCAUAAUAGCAUAUUGACAGUAGAUUGUAGUGAAAAGAAAGAUGAAAAAGUCGAUUUUUUUUUCUUUUUUAUCCGCUAUAUUGUUCAUCUUCAACAUAGAUGAGCAAGUUCAGUACUCAUUAGCUUAAAAAAAUUUUUGAAAAAAAUUAAAAAAAUUAAAUCAAGUUUCAACCUCAGGGAGUUAUUUUUUUGGCCGCAAUAAUACAAGUUUUAGCCUCAGGGGGUAGUAUCAACUUUAAUUCAGGAAAACCUUAAAAGUGGUCUGCCCAUGUAUGAUCUUCAAAAGAGCUUUUCGAAGUGUCGGGUCUGUACAGAGGCUUACUUGAGCCAUUCCAAAUGCGGCCAGAAAAUCGCAAAAAGUGUACAAGUUUGAUUGAACUAGGCCCCUCUAUUUCAAAAAAAGUCAAAAAAAAACUGCCUGCAAAGUUUUGGUCGAGUUAUGAGGCCUCGAAACACAUUGGAAAUCAAAAUAUUCGAAAAAUUCCUCCCUCAAGCCAAAAAGCGAACUUUGAAGCUUAGAAUUAUGGAAUGAUAACUUCUGGAAAAGGCGCCAAACAGCCGUCUCCGCCGCCGCGAAAAGUGCUCCGGCAUCCCCACUCGAAACGUCGCGCAGAGCCUCCUCCAUAAGUUAAUUAAAACGCGAAUUUUUCAUGAACCUCUCGUCGCUUCUUCGUCUUGAAAUGUGUACAGAUACACUCGAGUAUUAUGUAUGUACGAAUGGGAAAAUACCCUCAUUAAGCUUAUUAAUGACGGUGGGAAAUUCGGCCGAGUUCGAAACUGAAGGACUUUCCUUUGUUGGAACUGAAACAACUUGAGAAUCGGUUAGAAACGUUCCUGGGAGAAGAGUUUGAAAUUUUGAAAAGUUUUUAGUCGAAAUAUUUUGCCAGGAUAGUCAGAUUAGCAUUGGAAAAACUUUCGACUGAAAAAUUUUUUCGACAAUUUUUUUUCUACUUUUUUUCAACGUUGUUUGGUCAAAUGAUGGCCUUGUAUAUUAAAAAAAAGAGGCCGAUGAAAAUCUGAAGGAUUAGACGAAAUAGUAAAUUAGUAGGUGAGCAAAUUUGCAAAGUUAUUGCAGCUUUAAAAUUUUGAUGUAUUAUAAAAUUGAUAGUUUACAAUAUUAUUAUCAAAAGAGCAAGUUUUUCAUAACUUUUUAGAGUUUUUUUUUAAAGCUUGGAAGCGGAAAAAAUGAUCAAAUUAAGAGCCAAGCCAGCUCAUCCAGCUCUAAUUGCUUUAAAUUGCCUUGAUGCUUGAAAAAGAAUUAAAUCACUCGAAAAAAAGAACCAGAGCACUGAGAUAGACGUUCUGUAAAAUUAAAGUUUCUCAGAAACUGUAAGACGAAGUAAAGAGUAGAAUUUUCUUUUAAGAAAGUCUAUAGAGCCUUCAGAAGUUUCUAUUCUUUGAUUGCAGCAAAAAAUCAAAUUGAAAGAAAAUCAACAUUUUCACAGUUCACAUAACCUUCAAAUAAGUUCCAAGUUUGAAAGCGCAAAUGAUAAUAAAGAGAAAAUGUAUCAUCAGAGCAAACUUUCCUAGUUUGAAAGAGCCUCCAAAAAGUCCAAAAACAUUUCCGAGGCAUUUUUCCAAUUUGCUUAAGAAGUUUCACCGGAGGUCCGGAUAAACGGAGGAACGAAAAGAGCAAUUGGGUUAGAGAGAGGGAAGUGAGCUCCUCCUCCUCCUCUAUCGCUCCUAAAAAGGACAGGAGAGCGACGGAAAUGGAAUUAGCGCGCAAAAAUGGGCGGGGCCGACGACGUUUUGAUUGGUAAUUACCAGGGCGGUGAGGGUGGAGGUUGAAUGAAUUGAAAUGAACGGCUCGAAAUGUUGCAAAAGCAACAGAGAUGGAGCACAUCCAAACAAUAUUGGGUUAAUUGGCGAAAGCUGUGAUGAUUUGAAAUGGGUUUUUGGGAAUUUGGUGAAAAAAGGUAUGGAAGAGGGUGUGUUGCGGGCUUGUGGCUGUUAGAAGGGGAAAUUAAAAAAAAGAAGAUUUAUUUUUUAUGUUUUUUUCAGCUUGAAAGAUGAUGACUCCGUGUUUUUUUCUCUCCAUAAAUUUUGGAUUUUCAAGAUUUCUUCUUCUUCACAAAUUACGAAAAACCAAAAGAACUCAUAGAAAAACUUAUUUUUUGGGUUCGAAUGGGAGAAAAUGGGUCGCUCCACCGAGGAAAGGAAAGUUUUUUGGCAACAACGAAAUUGCGCAUAAUGCGUAUCCAAUUUCGUUGCUUCCCCAUUCUUUUCUCCUUUUCUUUCCGGCUUUUUUUUUUGUUUCAGGCUCAGAUUGUCCUUUUUGGGUUUUGAAAGAGAACGUGGGCAGUUCCACGUUGGAAAAGUUGAUUUUUGCGACGUGUUUUUGUACUUUCGACAAUUUUUGCUCACCUUGUUUGGAAGGAAUACAUUAAUGAAGCUGGUGUGAUCCGAAAAAAUUCAAAAAUUAUUCCAUUCUACUUGAAUUUUUCGAUUUUUCCUUUUCAACCAUGCAAUAAAAGUAGAUUUUGCACGUUCAAACGGUAGAGGGGGGCGGGGAAUGACGCUAACAAGUUCCGAAAAUUAAUCACGAAAAGUCCAAAAAUCAGCCACUAAUCGCGAGCAUCUUGAGGCAUAGUUGGGCUUUUUUUCUUCUUUUUCCUUUUUUGGACGUCCUGGUUAAUCUUCUCGCCUUUUCUCAUCCAAAUCUUCUUUCGCCUUAAUCCGCCACACGUAUGACGAAAACACGAGGACAAACAGCCGCAUAAUGGAGCUUUUAGAGGAUGACAUUCAUGUUUCAAGGAGUACUUGAACUUACUAGAGGGCUUGACUAGUACUGGUCAGUAACUAAUAUUCAAGGAGAUAGCAUAAAUAUCCAUUAGAACUACCCCCCACCCGUAUUAAUAUACAUUGACAGAGAAACGAAUAAUUUAUACCCCUAAUUUUGACUCAGAAAAAUCUCACUUUUCAUAUGAGCAAGGAAAAAACUUGAAUCAACAUGAAAAAAAGAAAAAAGUUUUAUGUGAGUUCCCAUCCUUGGCAACGGGUGCAAUUUGUACUCGUUUCGUGGAGGAAAACAACUGGGAAGCCGGAAAAUAUUUAUUUGGAGAGAAAAAAAAAGAAGAGAAGGCGAAAAUUUCUCAGCUCUGUAAAUUUCAUGUUACGAAGAAAAUUUUUUUUACUUUUUUUUUCAAGGUUAAAGGAGUUUGAGUGAAAUUUUACAAUGGAAUAGUAGAAAUAAUUGGGAAAUGUAAGAUGUGAGUUGGCGAAAGCCGUUGCGAGUCGGGUGCGUUGUAGAAUUUAACUAAAGUUAUAAUAUUAAGAAAAAUAAAUGUUGAGAUCUUAAGCUGAAAUUUUUCUAGUUUCUUUUUGCUCAGUACAAAAUCAGGGAAAAAAUAACUAUUUAUUCGCUAAACAUUAUAAAUCGAAAAAUGAAGACGUUCAGAUUUCAAAAAAUAUUUGCACUUAUCCACAUUUUUCGUCGCCAAUUAGUCUAAAAGCUUGGAGAAAGCCUCGAAUUUGGGCAGGCACUGAUAUAAACAAGAUAAUCCCAGGCGGAUUUAUAAUCCAGGUGCGUGGGAUCCACACCACACAGACACAAGUGCGUGCAUAAAUUUGCAUGGGUUUUUGAAGAGGAAAGCGCCGAAAAAAAAUGGGCGAAGAGAGACCCCCAAGAUUGAUGCACUCUGCUCACGGACCUCAAAUUUGGAAUAAUGUUACAAGUUGGCUGCUGAAAGAUGCCUUGUUGAUAGGGCAGGGCUUUUUUCACACCAGUAAGUGUGCUCCAAGGAGAGAGGCUUGAAAAACAUCAGAAAACAGACGGAAGGCUAGCAGCUUUGGAAACUGGUUUUUUGAAGGCUUUUUUUCCAAGUUUAUGUAAUAAGGUGCAAUCCGAAAUUUUUAUUUUUUUCAAUAUUUAACUUUGAGACCAGCCGCGACGCGACCGCAACGCCCCAGAGCCUUUAUUCCCGUAUAGUUAUAAUAAAAUAGCCUGAAAAGGUUCCUUUAAUAGAGCCUCUUUGCCGAGUAAAUAGGGUGAAGAGGCGGCCAAAUAGAGGUUGACACGUGAUAAACGCGAAUCGGAACCAUUGUGCCGCGUUUUUUCCAUUGGGCCGCUUAUUUUGUCCCCUUUGAUGAGGCCCUCGGACCGCUUUGAUGAAUGUUGUGGGCCGAAGAAAAAUGGCUUCAAACCCAGAAAAGAGGUUAUUUUUUGAGAAAAAAAAUGGAGCAAGAAAAAUUGAAAAUGAGCGGGAGAUUGGAUGUAUGGGUUUACUUGGAGCUUUCUUUUAAAGAAGGUAUUUUGGUUUUGAAUGGGUUUUUAAACUUAUUUAAUAAAAAUGAACUCUUAAAUAGAAAGGAUAAAAGUGGGUCAAUCAAUUAGUGGAUCCUUAGGUUAGAAUAGGGGGAAGGGGCUAGGCAUUAUUUUUGAAAACUGUUUUUCAUUUGCAGAAAAAAUUUCAGCUGUAUAGUCUCAGCUUUAAAACUCGACUUAGGCUCAACCCGUUAAGAGGUCCCCUUGAGGGAUCCCUCAGCUUCUGGGCUUAACCUGGUACUCGCCUGUCUGAGGUCUAAAUUAAGCGGGCGUUCAGUAAGUUGAACUUUGAAAAAAAUUCACUUAAGUGGUUUCUCAGAUCUUGGUUCUAUCUCAGUUCAGACUGUCCAUGUGAUAACUUUGAUGGUUUUACACAAGGACGUAUAAUUAAAAACUAUUUUACCGCACAAUACAAAAAAGGGGUUUUCAAGGAACCUAAUUUUUGGAACAAUGUUGCGCGAUUGCACAAUCCGGAAUGGAGGGACCAGUUGAGGUGGAAGCUCUGGAGCGUGAAGACCUCGUCAAGUGGAAGAAGCCCUUAAUGGCCGUCAAAGGGAUUAAAUGCGGACCAUUUUGUAAACGUUCAGAGUUCCUAAAAGGGUUCAUCUACUUUUAUUGAUUCUGAGAACAAAAAUGUUGCAAAAAAGCAAUAAUGGUCGAGAAAAGAGCGCUUGAGGCGAUGCUCUAAUUGAAAAUCCCAGUGCAAACGGGUUUUUCCUUUAAAAGGGCGUUUUUGUAAUUUAUUCACUAAUUGCCACUUGGCUGCUAUGGAAACGAGGAAAUUUUGUAUUCCUAGUGAUAAAAAGAAAGAACUUGCACCUCAAAGUCGCUUGUUUUAAAGCAAAUUUUUAACUUUCAGUAAAUUUUAUUCUUAUAAAAAUUCAUGAAUAAAAAAAGGCCUCUAAUAGCCUCAUUUUUUUGAUAAUCUUAUUCUGAUGGUCAUUUUCUCAAUUUCUGUCUGAAAGUUGCUAAAAUCCAUAAAGAUUUUAAGCAAAAAAUUUCUGGGAAAAGUUCUCUGAUGAUGUAAAGUCUGAAAAAAGCCAUCUUAGAAAGAAAAUGACUAUAGAACUUACUUGAAGAAGUACCCCUUAUAAAAUUCCAAUAUUCUCAUCAGAAUUAUUGAAAAAAAUAAUGGCAAAAAACAUUUGCGGCAAAAGGAUUCGAACCUUCAUCAUAGGCUCUGCAGGCUAACGCGCUAGCCACUGCACCACGCUACUAGCUGCCAUGCACUGAUUCGUGCUGCGGACACAUUCCUUCCGAAUAUUCACGUGGUUAAGGAUAAAAAGUUUGAAAAAUCAUAUUUCUAAAACAAAAAGUUUGCGCAGAUAGCGACUAUGCGGGAUCGAUUCUUAGUCCAUCAAAGAUUGUUUGAGCGAAUUUGUAAAAAAUUCUGAACCCAACGCUAAAAUGGCCUCUAAUGUAAGUUCGACCUAAUACUCCAAACCCAAGUGUCUCGAAAAUACCGAUGAAGGCUUAACUUCCAAACUUUGAGCCUACAAGUUCGGAAAAACGAAAAAUAAGCGAGAAAUGAAGUGGCGGGUUUUUCUGAAACUCGAGAUGGACGCGCCAUAUUUGGGCGGACGCAAAAUGGGAUUUUCGGGCGAAAGACCCAAAACGAAUUGGCACUUCAUUUAUGUGUUAUGUUAUGUUUGGCAUCGGCCUGUCUGAGAGGAUUAGAAGCGAAAUGUAGCGAAAAGUGUCGGCGUUUAUUUUGUGAAUCAGGGGAAACAUAUGAAACAAAGAAAAGAUAGAAAACAGUUAUUUUUGAUAUUUUUCCUGGAGUGAAAAUUUGAAGAAUUGUGAAUCCAUCAUCGAGAUCGAUCAUCAAUAUUGGGACCAAUAAUCUAUCAGAAACAGUAAAAUAAUCUUCAUUUCUUUUUCUUCUUCUAAUGUCUUUGUACCCCUCGAGCGGCGUCGGCACCCCAGGUCCUAUCCUGAUAUCAAAGGACUGGCUCUAGGGACAUUUCCGCCAUUGUGUGUGACGGCUGUGCAUUUUCGAAGUCGGGGUUUCCCCCUACCGACAUUUUUUAAACCUGUUGGUUGGGUCGGGGACCGAACUUGUGACCCUGCGGACCGUAGACAGGCACACAACCUGUUGCGCCACGACGCGCAAAAUUGUCUUUAUUUAUUUUCAACAUUUUCAGGCCUGAAAACGUGACAAAAAUGUACCCGGAUUACAUGUUGCGGAAAGAUCGGGACAAGUUGGCCAAUCGACUGGGAAAAGCCAUGAAAUUGUUGGAGGUCGGUACAUUGUUUUUUUAUUGACUAGAAAAUGUUUCGUAAUGAUACGAUUCAAACAGGGUAACACAUAUUUUGACUUGAUAAUUAUUUUUUGAGCCGUUCUCGUUCGGACGGGCUUGUGAGGGGCUGUUUCCUACACUAGGGGGCAUUCUAGAGCAACAGGUAUAAAAUUUAUCCAAAAGUUGGGCUCUCAAAAAAUGAGAAAAGACCUUUCAUAGUUCAGCAAAAGCCAUACCAAAUGCGACCUCAUAGAAAUGAGAUUUUCAGGACAAACAAGAUGAUGAUCUGGAGCUCGAGUUUGUCAAAAUGGCCCGAAAUGUCAUCACGUACGGCGCCUGGUUUUUUCUCGUCAACGUCAAACUGGUUAAGGUCGGGCGCAAAUUUCGAUUAUCUAUUUUUUGAGCCGGAAGAGCACAACUUUUAAAGUUGAAAAUCAGUUGAUCUGAAUGAUUAGAAACGAAUCAGAUUCGAGGGUUAGGGGAAAAAAUUCAGUUGGAAAAAAAGUUGAAAAUGCAAUUUUCGUCGCCCGAUGUGCUUGGAAAACAUGACAAAAGCAUUUUUCACACAUAUUUGUACAGAUAUCUGGAAAAAAUAUAAUAAUAUCUGCCAUUGGCAGAAGCUUGGAAAUGAAUUCAAUGGAAAUAUGAACCGCCUUGACGGCUCUUCAAGUGCCCGGUUAAUUAUAUUUGCAUUUUCGAGCUUCUUUGCCAAUAUUAGAGGUAUAAUGUGAAGUUAUCAAAAAAAUGCUUUUUUUCACGGAAAAAAUGGCCUCACUUGAAAGUUCGCUCCAAGAAUGAAACUCCGCAGUUUUUCGAAAUCUGACAUUUGAAGUUAAUUAUAACUUUUUUAAUUUUUGAAAAGAAGCUUUGGUUCCCCUUCACUCAUAUUCUUCCUUUUCAAAUACUCUGUAUUUUUCGUGUUUGAGUGAAAUAAGUAAAUAAAAUAGUGGCUGUUUUCAAAUCUAAUAUGUGCUUCAAUGAUAAAAAUAUCUGAAGAUAAAAAAAAACUGCAUUUUGGCGGAUUUAAAGCUCGUUUGCGACCCACUAAUGAAAUAGCUAUAAAUCUAAAAAGUCCACAAAAAGAGCAUAAAAGCCGUAAAAAGACACUUGAGCCGUCAAUAGGCUCCUUUCACGGAUCGAAGCCGCCAAUUGACACCUGAGCCGGCGAAAAGAAAGUCGACCCACCUGUUGGAGGUCCACGUAAACUCUAAUUAACGGAAAUGAGUUUUUAAUGGCGCACAGUUUCUCCACUGAAAUGAUUACUUCGUUUUUGUAGAUAGUAGAAUCGAUUGGAAAGGCCUUAAGAAAGUAACUUUGUAGGACUAAUAUUAUGUUUUUUAAAGGUUUUCAUAUUCUUCAUUAAACCGUAAUUCUCGCCUUUACAUUCUGGGAAAAUUUACUAUAAACUCGAUUCACGGCUGUUUUGAGCCAUCGAAAAAUGGGUCCCGACACGAUAAUGCACGAGAUAGCGCCUGGCUUGUGGAGAGCACAGACAGGACACGCUGGCCGUGAAUCAGCUAUAUUUGAAGAUGUUAAAAAAUUCAAAAGAGCAAUUACAUCGAUUUUGAUUGUUUUAUAGUGGGAGUGAGCUGAAACAGGAAAUGAAACUUAGGCCAGCUGUUAGACUUUCCUUCUCCAAUUAUAGCAAUACUCCGACAUCCCACCUGUUGAGCACGAGAUGGAAGGCUCCUACUCUUUUCCUAACAUCCUAAGAACCUUCCUGCGAACCAUAUGUUUCAGGGUCAUACGGCGGGGCUCAAGUACUAUGUGUAAAUCACGGCUAUUACGCAUCGUUCCUCCAUGUUUUGCCUCAUUUUGUUUUGGCAAAAGCUUCUUUUCUUACUUAUUAGGGAACCCCCCGGUUGAACUUCUGCUGAAACUUUGCUGAAGUGUACUUUAGGACCUCCUGAUUCCAGAACAAGAAGAAAAUUUCUCGCAAUAGAUCUCGUUUUCGAGUUAGGACACUUCAAAAGCCCUUUUUUGGCCUAAUUUGCGUAUUUUGCACACUUUGAAGCUCCAUAACUCGGAAACAAGAUCUAUUGCGAGAUAUUUUUUUCUUGAACUGCAAUCAGGGGGUCCUAAAGUACACUUCAGCAAAGUUUCACCAAAGGUUUAACCGCGCGGGGGGUAAAAUACGUUCCUUGGUUAGCUGUUUUAGAGUAUUUUAAUGAGGAAUGAGAGCUUUUUUUCAUUGAUUUGAAAAACAAUUUACAAAGUUUCAAAAAAACGAAAUAGUGAAUGUUGAGGAAAAACACUACUACAAAAUAAUAAAAAUCCAUGAAAUCGAAUCAAUUUUAAGGCGAGAGCAGGCAAAAACGGAGACGAAUCUCAUGUCGGGGUCAAUGACAACGGCUUGCACAUCAUUUCAACACAAACAAGGAAAGUCAAAACUUUCCAGUUCGAGGAAUUUAUUCCAAGUGGAGAUCCAAAAAAUCCCACCGUUCUCAAGGUCAGUCCUAAGCUUCGAAUCCUGAAAAAAAAUUAGGGAAUGCCGAUGAAAGAUGCGAAAUCGUCCUGUUUAAAAAACUGUUUAAAACUGUUUAUUGCAUCUUCAAUGAAAGAAUACAUGUGCAAUCGACUUUCAUUGAUUAUAUCUGUGUGUAAACGGCGGCAGGAGCUGUGGCUUAGGCAGAGAAGUUGUGAAAUUCGCUCGUAGAACAUCAGGUACAAGAGAGGUCGUAGGAAGAAAUACGGUGCCGGCUUUCCAAAGGCCGAUGGCAGAGAUUGAGCCUUUUCGCUGCAUGCAGCUCCCAAUUUUAUCUACCCCGGAGGGAUGAAAGGCUUGGUCGACCUCGGGGGGACUCGAACCUACGACCUUGCGGACGUUAGAAAUGAGUUUUACCAGCUGAGCUAUGCCGCCCCCUUGUAAUCGUCCGCUUAAUUUUAAAUUUUUCAUUAUUUUAUUUUUUGUAAGCAAGAUUACUGUUGGUACAUUAGAGCGUAAUGUACCAACAGUACUUGAAAAGUUUAUUGAGCGUUAAAAAAAUUCUAUAGACGAAAUUUUUGGUUCAUUUAUUUAUUUAUUUAAUGUCAGAACCAAUCACUAUAUUUGCAGGUUGAAACUCGCAACGCCGCUUUCCUCAUCGAAUCGCCGUUUGUCCGUUUUCUCAAGAAGAUCCUGACCAAAUUUCAUCCAUCUUUCGAAUUUUCAUCCCAACCGAAACCAGUUGCGACGUCUCUCUCGAUUUAA